UAAUCAUGAGUGCUCACCAUCAAGACAUUAGCAGCUUUAAAUAUGUCCAUCAAUGUAGUACAGACCAGAUGAUUCUUGAAUCCGAAGUAUCGAAGAGAAAUCCUGAGAUUAACAAAUAAAAUCGGAUUUGGAGAGUACCUCAAGCAUUUUGCUCAAAUUUCAGAAGCUAAACGAAUCGAGAAAAAGAAGGAGUUCUGGGAUAAAAUGAUUUCUACAAAACAGAAAAAGGAGAAAUAUUUCGAAAGUGACAUUGAUGAGCCUCAAAAGUACCCAUUGAUCUCUAAACGAUCGAGGAUGAAUUCAUGUAGCGUUACCAAGGAUUUUCCUAUACGAAGUAAUACUGGGUACAACCUGUCGCAGUCUUCAACUAAGCAGAAUGGGAAGAAGACUAGUACAUACUGUGACAACAAGGAGAUUGAGGACUUUGACAGCUAUGUCCUCGGGAGUCCUAGGAACAACCAAAGCACUGCUUAUGCCCGCAGAGGCAAGUUUAAAACUAUCGAGUCAAAGCUCAAAUCUGCACAGAAAAUUAACAAGAAGAAGCUAAUCCAGCAGUCAUUUAAGCAGCAGACUAGUCUACUCCUUAAGUCUAUUGACUCGAAGACCCAGUGUAACAUUCGAGUGAACCAGGAUUCAGGGAUACUACAGAAGAAACUACUGAAGAAGAGGAUUCAAGAGGAAAUCCAGAAUAGCAAACUAACUCCUUAUGCCCCCAACAAGUCUGCCUCUCGUGCUGAGAAGCGCAUGAAUGCUCGAGAAAUGGAAGCCAAAUCGAAGCAAAUACUAAAGAAGCAUAAGGACACCUUUACUUUUGGGGCUCCUAUUAAGUACUGAAAGCUGCAGAAUAACAUUAAUUUGUUAAUCGACCAGAUGAGCGACCCUAAGUUGGCUAAUAAAAGCUGGUACUGUACCGAGAGCCAGUAGAGAAGGGCUUACAAGAAUCAGCUGUAUCAAGAAUCUUUUCAAAAUAAAAUGGGAUUAAUUUCAAAGCCUACCACUGAACAGUUAAUGAUAGGUGACUUCAUCCGCGAAAAGAAGAAGCUCCUUCGUUAUAAAGCAAAUUGUAGGGACAGAAACAUUGUAGCAUUGCGUUCAAAUCCUUCACAAGGAGAAAUUAAGAAAAACUCCCAAAUGUUGGAUGAAAACUAUCAGAUUCAUCCUUUACAUAGAAGGCAUACCUCAAAGUUCUGCGAAAACGAUACUCAGAGCCCCUUUUUAACUCAACUUAAACAAAUCAAAAUCAAGCCAAACAAAAAGCGGGUAAGCUCUAGGCCCCCAAACAAGUCAUUCUCACAUAAAUGAGCCUAUUUGGGAAUCUCUGAGUCAAAGAAAGCCUCGGGCGAUGUCUA